AUGGAGAUUGAUACGUCUGUUCAAGCAGAGUCAGAGAAUUUUGAUACUGGGGUUGAUAUUGACAAAGCAAUGCAGAAGCAGCCUAUAUCAAAUCAUGUGACUUUGGGACUAAAGGAGCAUGAUGAUUUUGGGGAUAUAGGGUUCGACGGACGGUUUCAAGAAAAACAUAAUCAUAUCUUUGUUGAUGAAGAAGAUGUUCAUUUCUUGCCUGCGGCCAGAAGUAUUGAUUAUGUUAAAGAAAGUUUUAUAUCUAGGUUGUCUGCAAUCAGUGUUGGGCCUGUUAAAGCAUUCAAUAUUAUGAAAACAAUGAUUGAUGAUUAUUUUAGGAAUAUUACAUUUUCUAGUGCAUUACUUGGUUCUGAGACUGUAGAUUAUUAUCGAUGGCUUUUAAGUUCUUUUGUUAAUGUUUUUGGAAUUGAGCCUAAAGUUGUUGUUACUGAUCAAGAUGCUGCAAUGAAGAGAGCAAUUAAAGAUUUUUGUAGUCCAAGGUGUACCCUUGUUGAGUUUUUCACUCAUUUUGAAACUACAAUGGAGUUUCGAAGGCACGCGCAUAGGAGAAAUGAUCAUGAUAAGAUGGAAACUGAUGUUGUCAUUACAAAGUGUAUGUCAAAGACUCAUCAUACUCUUGGUGAUGUUGAAUUUUUUGAAAUAAGGGAUUUUAAACAGCCAUGCACAUCUUCAUUCAAGGUUCAAUAUAGCAAACAAGAAGAUGGUAUAACUAUAUGUUGUACAUGCAAACGGUUUGAACAAUUUGGAAAAUUGUGCCGCCAAAUCCUUUAUGUUCUAAGGUAUGUUGAUAUAACUGAGUUUCCUAGAAGAUCUGUUCUCAGAAGAUGGAUGAGAGAUGUUGUUUCAAAUAGCUCAAUUGAUUGUAAUAUUCGGUUUGAUGAGAUUAGUAGGAGUAGUGAAAUUGAUAAAGUUGGUUGGGGAUUUAAUGAGUUGUGUCGCUACAGAGAUCAUAUCAAAAGUUAUAUGGAUAAAGCUGAUGAGAUUAUGGUCGUUGCGCCACCGCCUAGUCGCAAAGAUAGGUUCGCUGAUAUGGGUGGAAAUUUUGAAAAGUCUAAUUCUACGAUUCGUGUUCCGAUCAAAAUAAGGACAAAAGGAUAUGGUGUACAAAAGAGGUUAAAGACUAAUCGUGAGAUUGCAAUUCAGAAAUUUUCAAAGAUCCAGAAGUCAUGCCAUGUAUGCAGUGGAAAAAGACAUAACAAUCGUACAUGUAAAGAGAAGGUUUCUUCUACUGUGAUUGGGUCAAAUAAAACAAUGAUGCAUUAUUAUCAGCUACUUUUUGUAUAUUGCGUUUUAUGA